UCGCUCAAAUACGAAGUACCUACACUAAAUUUCAUUUUUGUCGAGAUUGCAUGAUUCAUUUCUAGUCUACGCUUUCGGCUGAAGUAUUUGCUCCAAAUCUAUGUCAUUUUUUCAUUUUUAUCUGUUUUUCACCUACAUUCAAAAUUUCGCCAAUUAAUAAAUAUCAGUUAGGGUGGUGUUCCACUUCUAAGGGACAGCGUCAGUUGGUAAAGUACCUGGUAGCAAGAAAUACUCUACGAGUAACUAAUUGGCAAUCAUCCUUAAACGUUGAUCCUCCGUGGCUUUGCUGACAUAAAUUUCUUGGUAUAGCGUUAAACUGUUUCGUAAAAUAUCACUCCUGAGCUGCCUCUUUACCUUUUCAAUUUGCUAAUUAAAAAAGAAUUAUAAUAUUUAAUACAUUAAUCAUACUUUAAAUUUAUAAAGAAAACCAAGCAUGAGAAUUUUUGGGCUUGAAGAACAAAUUCAUGUUAUUGAUAACAACAUAACAGUAGAUGAAAUAAUCAAAGAUAUUGUGAGAACUAAGGAAAUAUCUGAUCCUUUUUACAUAUUUGAUGUUGGUGAUCUUGUUAACAAAGUAAAAAUUUGGAAAAAAAAAAUGCCUCGUGUAAAACCUUAUUAUGCUGUGAAAUGCAACGACAAUUUUUUGAUAUUAGAAACAUUGGCUGCAUUUGGUCUAGGAUUUGAUUGUGCAUCAAGAGUGGAAAUAAAGAAAGUAUUAGAUUUAGGAGUCAAUCCAUCACGAAUUAUAUUUGCAAAUCCUGCUAAAAUGACGUCACAUAUAAAAUAUGCUAUGAGUCAAUGUGUUGAUUUAACAACAUUUGACAACGAACUAGAGCUCUAUAAAAUAAAAUCUAUUCAUCCAAAUUGCAACUUAAUUAUUAGAAUUCGCUCUGAUGCUGCUUCAUCACAAUGUCCACUUGGAGUAAAGUAUGGUUGUGAUCCUCAGGUAGAAGCUCCUGCAUUAUUGUCAUUGGCUCGCGAUCUUAAUUUAUCCGUUGUUGGUGUAAGCUUUCAUGUAGGUUCGGGUUGUAAUGAACCUAUUGCUUUUCGAAGAGCAAUAUCUGCUUCGGCAACUAUUUUUUGUUUAGCACAACAAAUGGGUUUUACAAACAUGUAUUUGUUAAAUAUUGGUGGUGGAUUUCCUGGCAACAAAAAUACUUCACUUGAUAAAAUUUCAGAAGUUGUAAAUGAUGCACUUAAUGAAUGGUUUCCACUUUCUAGUGGAAUUACAAUAAUUGCAGAACCAGGUAGAUUUUUUGCUGCAUCAGCUUUUACUCUUGCUACUAAAAUUCAUUCUAUAAAAAGUCGUCCAAAUGAAGAUCACACUAUGUAUUUUAUUAAUGAUGGAAUAUAUGGGUCAUUCAACAGUAUUUUAUAUGACCAUUCAGUUGUUGUGCCAAAACCAUUAAUUGAAAAUACUUCAAGUUCACUUGUCCCAAGUUCUAUAUGGGGACCAACCUGUGAUGGUCUGGAUCAAGUUAUCGACUCUGUCAAUUUACCUAAAAUGAACAUGGGUGAUUGGAUUAUUUUUGAAGAUAUGGGAGCUUAUACUUUGCCUGUUGCUAGUACAUUUAAUGGCUUUCCACUACCAAAAGUUUUUGCUAUUGCUAAUCGUUUAAUUUGGAAUAAAUUAAAAAAUUUAAUGCCUAUUUCUGAGGAUCAUUUUACUUGUGUACCAAUCGUUGCAACAAUUAAGAUGAUACAGUCAGAAUCAAGUGAUGAUGAUUCAUGGGAUGAGAAUGACAUCGAAUACAAUAGACAAUAUCCUUGUCUUCAUUUAAAAAAUAUAUUAAAUUCACCCAAUUUAUAAUUUACUGUAGUGAAUAAUCAUAAGUUAAUCAAUUUUAAUUCUUUACAAUAUAAUCAUCCUAGAUAAUGAAGAAUACAUUAUACAAUUUUAAGAUCCUCACAUUUUAAUAUCAAAUUUUAUAAUGAACUAUUACAAAGAACGUAUAAUUAUUUUUUGUUUAAUACAUUCUUCAAAUUCUAGGCUGGUGAUAUAAAAUAAAUAAUAUUAUGUUGUUAGCACUAAUUGAAUUGAGUAAAGAGGCAGCUCCUUGAAAGAGAAAUCAACCAUUUAAUUAAUAUAUACACAUUUUUUAUUAUAGUAUAUAUACAUAUAUUGUGUUUUGUUAUUUCUAAAUACAACAAUUAUUUAUUGGA